AUGGGCAGGAAGUUCAGUGGGCUGGAGCUCACGCUGAUUGUCCUCUUCUCCGUGGUGACUGUCAUCGCCUGUGUCCUCAUUGGGCUGCUGGCCACGGGACAGCCCGGAGUGAAAUCUCCAGACUUUUACCCACAAUGUCAGAAGAUUCCAAUAGCUGAGAGAAUUGACUGCAUCCCGGAUCAAUUGGCAACAAAGAGCACCUGCUCCCUCCGUGGCUGCUGCUGGAGCCCCCAGAGCGACACCAGCGUGCCCUGGUGCUUCUUCUCGCCCAACCACGGCUACCAAGUGCAGGGCUCCCAGAGACCCACCCAGGCAGGGUUUGAGGCCACCUUGAAGAGGCUGCCAUCCCCUUCCCUCUUCGGGAAUGACAUCCAGACCGUGCUGCUCACGGGAGAGUAUCAGACAAAGAACCGCUUCCGAUUCAAGAUCACUGACCCCAAGGCAAAAAGGUUCGAGGUCCCUCACGAGCACGUGCAGCCGUUCAAGGGCUCCAUGGCCUCCGACCUCAGCUACAAGGUGGAGCUGAAGCAGAAACCCUUCGGCCUCGUGGUGACCAGAGCCAGCAAUGGCAAAGUGCUGUUUGACACGACCAUCGGGCCCCUGCAGUACGCUGACCAGUUCCUGCAGCUCUCCAUCAAACUGCCCAGCGCCAACAUCUACGGCGUGGGGGAGCACGUGCACAAGCAGUACAGGCACGACGUCAACUGGAAAACCUGGCCUAUCUUCAGCAGGGAUGUUGGCCCCUCUGCAGCAAUGGAUAAUUUAUAUGGAGCCCAAACUUUCUUCCUGUGUUUGGAAGACAGCACUGGAGCCUCCUUUGGUGUUUUCCUGAUGAACAGCAAUGCCAUGGAGUUUGUGGUGCAGCCUGCUCCAGCAGUGACCUACAGAACCAUUGGAGGCAUCCUGGAUUUCUACAUCUUCCUGGGGAACACUCCAGAGCAAGUAGUCCAGGAGUACCUGCAGCUCGUGGGACUGCCAGCACUGCCCUCCUACUGGAACCUGGGGUUCCAGCUCAGCCGCUACGGUUACGCCUCCCUGGACGAGGUGAAGGAAAUUGUGGAGAGGAACAGGGCUGUCGACCUGCCCUACGAUGCCCAAGUCAUUGAUAUUGAGUACAUGGACAAAAGGAAAGACUUUACCUAUGACAAAGUGAAAUUUAAAGAGCUCCCUGAAUUUGCAUCUUAUUUGCAUGACUAUGGACAAAAAUACAUCAUCAUAUUGGAUCCUGCUAUCAGCACCCAAAAUCUGUCUGAUGGAAGUCCCUAUGAAAGCUACAGGAGGGGAACAGCGAGAAAAGUCUGGGUUAACGAGUCAGAUGGAAUAACACCAUUACUUGGGGAGGUGUGGCCAGGGGAAACUGUGUUCCCAGACUUCACCAGCCCCGAGGGCACGAGCUGGUGGGUGGAUGAGUGCAAAUUGUUCUAUGACAUGGUGCCCUACGAUGGACUAUGGAUUGAUAUGAAUGAAGUGUCCAGCUUUGUUCAAGGCUCAAAAAGAGGUUGUGCACAGAAUGACUUAAACUACCCUCCUUACACUCCCAGGAUCCUUGACAAACUCAUGUAUUCCAAGACGAUUUGCCUGGAUGCGGUGCAGAAGUGGGGGAAGCAAUAUGAUGUCCACAAUCUUUACGGAUAUUCCAUGAUCAUAUCCAGCAGGAAAGCCAUCGAGAAGGUGUUUCCAGGAAAGAGAAGCUUCCUCAUCUCAAGGUCUACUUUUGCAGGAUCAGGAAAGCACGGGGGACACUGGCUGGGGGAUAAUGCAGCCACGUGGGACCAGAUGAGAUGGGCAAUCCCUGGAAUGCUGGAGUUCAACCUCUUUGGAAUACCUUAUAUUGGAGCAGAUAUUUGUGGUUUCAGUGAAAACACCACAGAGGAACUUUGCAGACGAUGGAUGCAGGUGGGAGCAUUUUACCCAUUUUCCAGGAACCACAACUGUGAAGGUUUCAUGCAUCAAGACCCAGCUGUGUUUGGACCCAACUCCUUGCUGGUGAACAGCUCCAAGCAUUACCUGAACAUUCGCUACACGCUGCUGCCCUACCUGUACACGCUGCUCUACAAAGCUCACACCCAAGGACACACCGUCGUGAGGCCACUGCUGCACGAGUUCUACUCUGAUGAAACAACCUGGGACAUCGACAGGCAGUUCCUGUGGGGCCCUGGGCUGAUGAUUUCCCCUGUUCUUGAGCCGGGUGCGGAGUCCACUCGUGUCUUCUUUCCUGAGGGAGAGUGGUACGAGUAUGACACGGGUGAACCAGUCCUUUUAAGGAAAGUGUGGCAUGAGAUACAAACCCCAGCAGAUAAAAUGGGGCUGCACCUGAGAGGAGGAUACAUUUUCCCUACUCAGAAUCCAGCCACCACCACAGUGGCAAGCCGCAGGAAUCCAAUGGGACUCAUAAUUGCCCUGGAUACCAACAGUGAAGCUUCCGGGGAUUUGUUCUGGGAUGAUGGAGAAUCUACAGGUACAAUUCAGAAUAAAGCCUACAUUUACUAUGAAUUUAAAGUUUCCAACAAUGCUCUACAAAUGACUGCGACACACAGCAACUACAGUGAUCCAAACAACCUGAAAUUCGAGGAAAUCAAGAUAUUGGGAUUGCCCCACGAAAUAACAACAGUUUCUGUGUCUCAGAACAACGUUGUACAAAAUUAUCCCACUAAUACCACCUAUGAUUCUGCCAGAAAGGUUGCUGUUAUAAGAGGACUUCAGCUUGAACUGGGAAAAUCUUACACAGUCAAAUGGGCUCUAAACGUGGCUCUCAAUGAAAGAUUUGAUUGUUAUCCCAGCCCUGACCCAACAAAAGAAAAAUGUGAACAACGUGGCUGCUCCUGGGACCAGGUGACAGGAAAACCAGGCGUUCCUUCCUGCUAUUACAGCUCCAACAACCCUUACUACGUAUCCAGCCUCAAUUAUUCCUCCACUGGAAUCAAAGCCACCCUCACCAUAGACAGCAAGGUCAGAGCCAACGAGGAUUUCACUGCCCCAAUCAACACCCUGGGCCUGGAGGUGAAAUAUCAUCACAACCACAUGCUGCAGUUUAAGAUCUAUGAUCCUCAAAGCCCACGAUACGAGGUCCCCGUGCCCCUGAACCUGCCCAGCUCCCCCACGAGCUCCAGCCAGGACCGGCUCUACGACGUCUUGGUCCAGAUCAAACCCUUCGGCAUCCAAGUGCACCGCAAGAGCACGGGCACAGUCAUCUGGAAUUCAGGCCUGCCCACCUUCACCUUCAGUGACAUGUUCAUCCAGAUUUCCACCCGCUUGGCGUCCCAGUACAUCUACGGGUUCGGAGAGGCCGAGCACCCCACGUUCCGACACAACAUGAGCUGGAACACCUGGGGGAUGUUCACCAGGGACCAGCCUCCAACUUACAUGAUGAAUUCCUAUGGUUUUCACCCAUUUUAUAUGGCUCUUGAAGAAGAUAGCAAUGCCCACGGAGUUCUCUUGCUUAACAGCAAUGCAAUGGAUGUGACUUUCCAGCCCACCCCUGCCCUGACCUACCGCACCAUCGGAGGGAUCCUCGACUUCUACAUGGUUUUGGGCCCGACUCCCGAGCUCGUGGUCCAGGAAUACACUGAACUGAUUGGGCGCCCGGUCAUGCCAGCCUACUGGUCCUUGGGAUUCCAGCUGUGCCGCUACGGAUACGCCAACGACGCGGAGGUCGCCCAGGUCGUGGAGGAAAUGAAGGCGGCUCAGAUUCCCUACGAUGUCCAAUAUACAGAUAUUGACUACAUGGAAAGAAACCUGGACUUCACCAUUUCAUCAAAAUUUGCUGGAUUACCCGCUCUGGUCAACAAAAUCAAAGCAGAAGGAAUGAGAUUUAUCAUUAUCCUGGAUCCAGCCAUUUCUGGGAAUGAAACCGAUUAUCCUGCCUUCAGCAGAGGUGAGGCCGAUAAUGUCUUCGUACAAUGGCCUGAUACCAAAGAAAUUUUAUAUUCCAAGGUCUGGUCGUUUCUUCCCAAUGUCCAAAUCAAUGAGUCACUGUCUCAUGAAGAACUAGUAGAGUCCUAUGUAGCACACUGUGCUUUCCCAGACUUCUUCCGCAAUUCCACGAUGGAGUGGUGGAAGAGGGAAAUCCUGGAGGUCCACGACAAUCCCGAUCCCUCAAAAAGCCUCAAGUUUGAUGGGCUGUGGACCGACAUGAAUGAACCAGCAGCUUUUAUGAAUGGCGCCAUAGGUGGCUGUAAGAAUGACCUCCUAAAUAAUCCUCCCUACAUGCCUCAUUUGGGAUAUAGGUCAACAGGAUUAAUCCACAAAACUCCAUGCAUGGAAGGUCAGCACUACCUCGCAGACGGGACCCCAGUCAGACACUACGAUGUCCACAACCUUUAUGGAUGGUCCCAAGCCAGACCCAGCCUGGAGGCUUUGCGGGGCGCCACCAAGGAGCGCGGGAUCGUCAUCACCCGCUCCACGUACCCCAGCAGCGGGAGAUGGGUGGGGCACUGGCUGGGGGACAACACGGCAGCCUGGGACCAGCUGCACAAAUCCAUUAUUGGCAUGAUGGAGUUCAGUCUCUUUGGAAUAUCUUAUACAGGAGCUGAUAUCUGUGGCUUCUUCAAAGACGCCGAGUACGAGAUGUGUGCCCGCUGGAUGGAGCUGGGUGCAUUUUACCCAUAUUCAAGGAAUCACAACGAGAAAGGAACACGGAGGCAAGAUCCUGCUUCCUGGGAUGCCAAAUUUCAUGAGAUUUCCAGGAAUGUGCUGAACAUCAGGUACACCCUGCUACCUUACCUCUACACCUUGCUGCACGACGCCCACGCCCACGGCAGCACCGUGAUCCGCCCCGUUCUCCAUGAGUUUGUGGAGGACAGGAAAACGUGGGACAUCGACGAGCAGUUCCUCUGGGGUCCUGCCCUGCUCAUCAGCCCUGUGAUGAAACAAGGUGAUCGGAGUGUGAACGCGUAUUUCCCCAAUGCCCGCUGGUAUGAUUACCACACGGACACAGAUACUGGCUUUAGGGGACAGCUCCAAAAUUUAGCAGCUCCUCUGGAGCACAUCAACCUGCACAUCCGAGGUGGAUACAUCCUGCCUUGGCAAAGACCUGCCAAUACAACUGCUUACAGCCGGAAAAACCCGAUGGGACUCACGGUGGCCCUGGAUGACGCUCUGUUUGCAGAAGGACACCUUUAUUGGGAUGAUGGGGUUCGCAUUGAUGCAUAUGAAGACGGUGUUUACCUGCUGACAUCAUUUACUGCUAACCAGACCAUUUUGGAGAUCACAGUUCCACACCAGAAUUACACCGACCCAAACAACCUGAUGUUCACCGAAAUCAAGGUGCUGGGGGUGCCCAGCGAGGCCACUCGGGUGACGGUGACACAGAACGGGGGGACCCUCCCAGCAAACCCCACCGUGGCCUACGACAGGAACAAGAAGCUCCUGACCAUCACCGACCUCCAGCUGAAACUGGGCCAGAACUACACCCUGCAAUGGAGCUGA